GUCGCUUUGGAGAAAAGCAUCAGCUAAAUGAAUAAAUGUAAAUGUGCCACUCUAACAUCUCUGAUUAUGCUCAUUAAAGAAAAUUAGAUUGAUUGUAUUACUUGACAUAGGUGUAACAAGGCAGGGAUCCCCCCCACAGGCAUCUGAAAUGUUGCCGCCACUAUUUCUAGAGGAGGUGGCGUGAUGGCGUAGCCCCUUUGCGGUGCCCAGACAGUUCAGGGGUAGUUUUUCCUCAAUGAACCGUAGCAUUUCCAGCCCCGCAAAGUUACCUUGUGCCAAUAGACAUGUGGAUUGUCAGGUUGGGCGGCAACAAGAAUGUUGCUCAAUGGGUCCACAUUACCCACCUUGUGCUCUUGUUUCAGGUGUUGUGUUAACACGUACCGCAUUUCCCACCUGUUGCUAGCAGAUCGCUCUCUUCUGUUGUCACCGCUUGAUUAGGGUGAUCUUUAGACAAACAGAAUGUGUUGUUUAGUUCUGUAGUCUCGCUGGAGGCUGUUGCUCCCUUCCACAAGUGAGAGCCAUUGUUGUUCAUGCAUGACUUGGUCUUUCUAUCUAUAAUUGAUCACAGGGGACUUUGCUGAACUACUGCUGCCAAAGAGAUGUUUUGCUGCUCAGUGAACCAGAGAUAAUCUACAAGGCUGCGAGUCGCACGGCCUGCAUCUACACCGAGUGAGGUGAAACAUCAGUCUUUGUCCCUUUCAGUCUGCUGCGUCCCUCUACGAGGUGUAUGACUGCGAGAAGGCCUGCUCUCCCAUCAGUUUGGAGCGUAAGAACAGGAAGCCCUUAUUCCUUCUUAAAAUUUGCGUCUUUCCUUGAUGCGAGGAUGCGGCGUGGCAAGACCUUCAUCGCCGUGGCUCUCACCAGCAGCUCCGUCCUUGUGUUUCUGUUUUCCUCUUUGAGUAAAGUGAGCGUACCCACCAGCAAAGCACCGACAGGGGAGACGUUUGACAUUCCCACACCCAGAAACCGUGUCAAUGUGAGCGCCACCGUGAUCCAAGUGCCGCAGUCUGUUUCCACAAAACAUCCAGUCAAGCCGGACAUCGCUAUAAUCUCAGAGAACUUCCGUAAGUCUGUUCCACAGAGCAGCGCUUACUGGAACAGGAUGCAGAACUUUAACCUCAGGCAACUUGAUUCAGGAAAUUUCAAAGGAAAUUCAGAAAAAGACGAGCAGUUACUCUGGUCCCAGUGCCAUGCGCAGACCGUGGAGAUGCUGAACACGAAUAUCCAGGAUUUCAACUCAUAUCCACCCCUGUAUCAGGACUUCCUGCAAGGAAUGGAGUGCCGCACACCCCCCAUCCUAAUAGAUCAGCCCCAAAAAUGCGGUGGAAACGAGCAGACGUUCCUGUUGUUUGGCAUAAAGUCUGUGCCUAACAACUUUCAGGAGCGGCAGACGGUGAGAGAGACGUGGGGCCAGGAGAAGCUGUACGAGGGAGGGCUCCAAGUGCGCCUUGUGUUUCUUCUAGGUGCCUGGUCCUUGAACGAACCGCACUUGGACAUACUCCUGAAACAUGAGGCGGAUCAGUUUGGCGACGUUCUGCAGUGGGACUUCCGGGACUCUUUUUUCAACCUAACCUUGAAGGAGAAUGUCUUCUUCAAUUGGGUCUUAAAGCACUGCUCUCAAGCAAGGUUCAUAUUCAAGGGGGAUGAUGAUGUGUUUGUCAACACGAUGCUCAUGGUGCACUUCCUUCAGUCCCUAGAGCCAGAAAAGGCCUCCACGCUUUAUACAGGUCAUGUUGUCACACAAGCGAGUCCCUUCCGUGAUGCCAAGAAUAAAUAUUACGUCCCCAUGUCCUUCUUUGAGGGGGCAUACCCUGUCUACACUGGUGGUGGAGGCUUCCUGUUUUCGGGCUCCCUGGUGCGGGACCUCUACCGGGUGUCGCAGUACAUCCCCUUCUUUCCCAUUGAUGACGUCUACACCGGAAUGUGCUUCCAGGCGCUGGGGAUUCAGCCUGAGUCCCAUAAAGACUUCCGGACAUUUGAUAUCCGCGAGGAGGACCGGGACAAUGCCUGCGUGCAUAAGGACCUGGUCCUGGUGCACAAGCGCACCCCACAACAGAUAAUGCUGCUGUGGAAACGGAUAAACAGUCCCCUGCUUACCUGCUGAGCGCUUCCCGGUGGCACGACAGCAAUGUAAGAAGUCACCAAUGAAAGAUGUGGAAAGAUCUCUUUUCUGUAAUAGGUUGCUGCAUCUAGCAUCUCGCAUCUCCUCGCUGUACAUAUACAAAUUCCUGUAAUGUCGAAGGCUAUAUUUACGGGCCUUAUUUCCCAUCUCUCUGUAGGAUGUGCCUUCAGGUUUUUUAAAUAAUUCUGUAAAAUACUCAUUAUAGCUGAGUACACACUCCUUUCCAAGGGUCCUUAACUAAACUGUUGAGGAAAUUCAUAUGGAAAGGUCAUGCACAGUCAUAUCUGGUCCUUGAUCAGAUUAAAUUAAUUUGGAGCAUAAAUUGCUGCGUAGCCUGUUUCCAGGCUGGUUUCACUCAAGUUUUGUAUGUUUCUCUUCUGAAAAGAAUACAGUGCAGUUAUUUAAAAUAAAUCUUUUUUUUGUAUUGAACCUGGACUGUAAAGGAAAAAUGAGAAUAUUAACAAUAUAACAAUAGGUUAAUCAGUGCACAUCGGUAUAAGUUAUUUUAAUACAUUAUAUGAUAAACCUGAUGUGUUACAAUAAUGCAUAAAGAUAAGAUUUUGGCUUCUUCACUGACCUUUUGUAGAUUGUGUUGAUCUGUAGUAAUACUGUAUUUAUGAGCAGCCCUAUUUGUUACUUGUCAUUUCCACAUCAGUCUUCUGGAAGAGGCAGUUGGCUAUAUCUACAUGUUUAGUGUAAAGUAUGGUUGUAAAAAAACAAGUAGCAUAAGUAAGAGCUUUUAGUAAUGAACACAUCUGUAGGGAGUAACAAGUUUUGUGUUGCUUUCAUAGGUGAUUUUUAAAAAUGUUAUGGACUUUUUAUUAAACACUACCUUUGUUACUCUUAUUUUGAAGAAACAGAUGAGAAAACUCAGUUUUUACUCAGUAUUAUUAACUUCCCUUCGAUAGAUGAAAGCAUGAUAGUGGUUUUGUCAAGACGACCUACACUAGUGGUGGGUGACAUUCCUUUAAAUUUAUUUUUAGUGCAAAAUAAAUGUAUUAAUUACAUAAAGAUUUGGGCUUCUGUAGGUGAAGUAAACAUACCACAAAAUAGUCCUACUAUUUGGAUCAUGUUUUGCUGCAAUGGACCAAUUCACUUAGUCACUUAAGUUGCUAAAGUCACGUUAAAAUGCCAAAGAUCCUACAGGUGAAUUUGGCUGUUUUUAGAGAUUUUUUUUUCUUUUCAAUAUUUUCUGACUGUAACACAUAACAGAAGUGUUACAUUUACUGAAAGUAGUAUCUGAUAUUUAGUACAAUAAAUCAUGGCACCAUUCUACUGUAGUUUAUUUGGUUGGUGCUACUACUGACUAUUUGGCACUUCAGUUAUUUCUCCCCAGCCGUGUCAAGCUAUGUGUUUUUUCAUUAUAGGUGUAAUAACAUAUCUGUGGCAAAAAAAUAAUAGAAAUAAUAACAUACUAUAUAAUCUGUUUGAGCACAUAUGAAGAAAAAAUGAAUAUUGUUUCUUAUUUUCUUUUUCUAUCUGUAAAUGAUUUAUUUUUUUAAUGUUAAAACCUUUUGUAUUGAGGGUUGUCACAUACUGUUUCUGGAGUAUAGUUGCAUCUCAGUUCUGUGUGAGUGUGCUUCCAAAAAUGAAGAGCUCCAGGAAAGAAAAUUUUUGCUAGCAUUGACUAUAAAUCUGAAUUUGACUUGGAGCUUCCAGGAAAGUCUGGUGCCUUAUGGCAAUAUAACAAGCUACAGAGUUGUAUGCCAUUGUACCAGGCCCCUGCCUUACCUUGUUACCAUGACAUCUCUGAAUUUUCAGAUGACCUUGAGUGACAAAUCUCUUAAUUUCAGGGAAAACAAUUUAUGUGCAAGAUUUUGCUGU